AUGGACCCCAAUCAACUGAAUGCCUCUAACUCUUACUAUGUGAUACUUCGAGAGUUGUUCUUUCGCUUGGUUGUUUCUUUUCAAAUUCAGUCUUCCCUUUCCAUGGAGAUAAUAGGCUUUUGGUUGUGGAUCCAAGGAAAUGGCCAGGCUGGUUUCCUUCUAAGGAUCGAGUCUUUUGAUGAUAACCACUUUCAUGUGUUGGCUUCUACUGCAAAAACUUUUGUUGAGGUUCUCCAUUUUGAGUUCGAUGAUUUAGAUGACAGAUCUGCACCAAAAAGUCAGUUUCAGAGGGAAGCUAUUGAAGGAAUUUCUUUUUACCUCAACAAUGUUUGUUACAAGGCCUUACAAGUUCUUCGAGAAAGAGCAAAGAUGGAUUUUAUCCAUAAUCAGAUGACAGAUCUGUACCAAGAAGCCUAUGGAGAAUUCAUGAAUGAUCGGGUUCCUAUAAGCUCGAUGACAGAUCUAUACAAAGGGGCAUAUGGCGAAUCCUUAUAUGAUCAGGUUCCUUUGAGCUCGAAGCACCUUCUGACUAGGAUCAAGGCUUUGUAUGCUAACACUCAAAAGAAUCAUGGAGAAGGCACAAGUUCUAGACAGAUGCAUGUUCAAACAAGUCAUAUGCUCCUUCAAGAUAUAAAGGAAGAAGUAUACGAGUGUCAGUCACCCUCCCGUUUGGUGACAUUGUUGGAUAACCUGAGCUUAAGAGAGAAGCAUCAUGAUGCAAUCAUGCAGCAACUCUCUGAUGUUCCACGUGACGAGAGAACUUUGUUUGUAACAUUUUCCAAUGGCUAUCCACUGAACAAAGAUGAACUGCAAGAUUUCUUCAUGAGGCACUAUGGAGAUAUUGAAGAGAUAAGUGUUGAAGAGCCAAUCGAAAAGAGACAGCCCUUAUACGCACACGUUACAUUUUACUCACAGGUGACCCUCUUCCGUGUCCUUGAUGGAAACAGGAGAGUCAAGUUCAUGACGAGGGGAAAACAUCUGUGGGCUCGACAGUUUGUGCCUAAGAAAAACAAAACUUAAUCAUGAUGAGCUAAACCCGA